AUGUGUAGACCAGCAGAGUGCCAAAUUUGCCUGAAAGCUACCUGGGUAGGAUGUGGAUUACACAUUCCUCGUGCAAUGGACAAUGUCCCUAAAGACCAGUGGUGUAGUUGUGAAUCAGCUAGUGGGGUAGAGUUGAAUGGGUAUCCCCCCAAAUACGGUGAUGCGAAAUGA